GGGCAAGCAUAAAAAUAUUUUCCUGAAUUUUUUUGACCUAUCGGGCAACAGUUAAGGGUCCCUGAAGGGUCAACAUAGUAACCAUGGUAACCAGGCUUCAUAGCCUGUCUCAGGCAGCAUACUUAUGUUUGUAUAAACUGGUCCCUUUCUCAUAUACAUAUCUUUAUGCACCAUCUUGUUUGGGGAAGGAUUGGGUUAAUGGUUGGGGUGAUGAAUAUCCCCUAAAAACUGAUGCAUUAUAAAUAUAUGAGGUGAUGGGAGACCCCUUAUCCUUGCUGGCUUCUCCAGUCGACAUUUUGAAAUUUAAGUUUUGGAGUUUGUACUUACUGGUAUCCGCUCAAUUAUUAAUUUUUAAAAUUGAAGAUGACGUUGCAUAACUUAAUUUAUGGAACACUGUAUGUGUUAUAUAUAGUUCAUUGUGUUUGUGGUAAAAGUUGCGCGAAUGUCGAUAAAAUAGAAAUAGAUAAACAGGUUAAAGUUGUGUGUGAUGAGACGGAUAACCUGGGUGGAUUGGUUAUCUGGUUCAAGGAGACAUUACCAUCCACUUGCAGUGGAUUUCUGAUAUGUAAUCAAACGAUGUGUAUGGAAAUUAAUGAAACUGUUAUGUUCUUCAGUGACACUAUCAAAAUUGAAGAAGUAGAGUAUGAAAAUAAAAAGAUACGGAUAUGGGGAAGUGAAAGCUAUGUAACUUUUUAUUUUAAAAGUUUCGUGGAUGCCAGCCGUUAUCUACUAAAUAACAUCACAAUUUCAAACGCCAACCACACAUUUCCAUCCAAUAAACUAUCCGACUUAACUCAGGAAAAAAUUAGUGACACUUAUUGUAAUAUAGCGGCUGAAACGAAGAACUGUACCACCAAGCAAGCAGUAACUAAAGCUAUUCAAGGCACUACUCCUCUUCCUUCUGCAUGCACAGUUCUAAUUCUGUGCAACCAAAUAUCAUGCAUCAGGUUCAACUACACAAGUCUCCUGCAUUCAGCCUUCUUUGCCAGAAAGCACACGUUUAUUCCUACCAACGAAGGUAAAUUGCCAUCUUGCUUUCAUCUUCGUCAAGAUGCAUUUUUCCAUCCUGGAUCUCUCCGACGCCCACGUGGUAUUAUACUUUCCUUGGAGAAAGCUAAAGUUAAAAAGGCGCCAAGCGGAUUACCUUUCAAUCUCCCUGGAUAUAGAUAUUGCGGGCCUGCCACCGAUAUUGAGAAGCAGGAUGAUCUCGGUGGCCCAAUAAAUGCUGUUGAUGCAGCAUGCCGCAAACAUGACGUCGAUUAUUUGCUAGGGGUUCUACCAUCAGAGGCAGACGAGGCACUUCUAACUACUGUGCAAUUACAUCGAAAAGAUCUGUUCCCACUUUUUGCGGCCGCAAUGAGUGCCAAAAAAUAUUUCGAAAGUCAAAUUGGAGGGUCCUAUACAUCCUUCUUAUAUUUCUACCCAGCAGGAUUUUAUCCCAGUUUAACUUUGCAUUUUGCACAUGAAACGGUGUACGAUAAAACUUCAGCAGGAACACUAACAACUGCUCGUGCCAUCUGGGAAGGCCAAGCUCAGGAGUCAAAGUGGAUAAGUAUUCUGCAAAAUAUUUGGCUAGGGAGCUGCUACACGGUGGAUCCAGAAACUAAUGUAAAUCCACCGCAUAUCGAUCAAAAACAGUCUGACAUGAAUUCCCUCGUCAUGCCAUGCUCAAAUGUGGAUGAAAUGGACACCAAUGCAGACGCACUUGAGGAUGGUGAUGGAGAUGAUGAACGUGGGCACUGUGGACAACGUGAAGAGUUAGGGGAAGGGUCAGCUCCUGGCGGUGAAUCACCAAUGGACACUUCAAAUACAGAGUAUGCAUCCAAGAGUACAGAAGGUGAAGAUACAUGUGUGGGAACAGACAUUUACCCAACGGCCCCUUACAAAGGGGGAUGUAGGAUGAUUUUGAACGAAUUUGCAACCAAGAAUGAUGAUAACCAGAUUUCGUUUAUUGAACAUGUUCGUAUUUGCCCAAAAGGCGCUCGUCCUCCAAAAACUAAUUCACUUAACGGAUUCGUUGAAAUAAUCCUUGUGGGCGGGAUGACUAUCCACCAAGUAAUGUACGCAUCUUUCCAGAACAAGAUCUUCUCAAUCAUACAAGAGAAACAAACUACGCAACGCAAAAUAAAAAAUUUCUACUUUGUCCUCGGAUCGAAACAAGUUGCACCAGAUAUGUUGUUUUCUGACAGCCAGAUUACUAGUGACCAUCUCGAAGGAAUCUUACCUGCCGAGUCAUUGACGUACUGCAUAAUUUUACUUCACUUCGGACACAAUCAAGGGCAAUUUCAUCAAGCAGUUCAAUCUUUUUCACUAAUCCAAAAUGUUCCACCCGGCAGUGACACGGUAGGCUAUCUCCCAACCCCCAUAAACGACGAAAAGAUGAACCUUAUAAACGAGUUCAUUCAAGAUGUCCUAAUUGUUGGUCCUCCUUGUCCGGAUUCUGAGUGUGGAUAUUUCUAUUCCCUUCUCAGAGCUAAAGAACAGGUAUUGGGGGAAGGUGAAAUGCGAAUUCCUUUAUCUGAUGUUCCUAGACGGAAUGAUGGAACCAAACCUUACCUUAGUCUUUCGAGGUGCAGUCCUACGAGUUUUCCUAUGCAACAAUUAGCCUUUGAAAUUGAGAAAGCAACACCGAAAGCGAAAAACGACUGUAAACAACCAAAUACUAAACUCCCAUUCCAACUACUUGGUGUUUCACUACAGGCGACAGCUCAAAAGUUAAUUGUCAACGCCAAAGUAUUCUUUGACAGUAACCAGGUACAGUGUGAAAUACUAACAGGAAACUCUGUCACCAAAACUAGCCAGAUUCUAGGAAUUGGAGAGAGAACAGUUUAUCAGACAAUGGAGAAUUACAAAACGAAUAGUAUAAAAACACCUGGUAAGAAACGUAUUAGACCAACGCCAGUGAUGGAUCAGUUUGACGACUUCCGAACUGAGCACGUUAAACGAAUCAUUCAUCAAUUCUAUGCUAAUAAUCAAGCACCAACAAUGCAUAACGUAUACACAAAACUGAUGGAGGAAGUCAAGGAAGAAGAAGAUGGUCGGAUAGCCCGAGGAGAAACUCUUACAGCGUUCAAAUGUUCCAAGUGGACGUUAAGAAAACUCAUUAAGCAAUUAGGAUUUAGAUUCAAAACUGUUGAUAAGCGAGCAGUUAUCCUCAUGAGAUCAGACAUCGUGCAGAAGCGAUAUGAAUAUCUGUCCGUAAUGAUUAAAAAUCGUCAGUCCGAGAACCCAAAAUGUGUUGUCUACACAGAUGAAACGUGGGUCGAUAGUUAUGCUAGAACUGGAAAAGGCUGGGUUAUUAAUUCACCAAAGUCAUUUCAUGAAGCGGCUUUAUACUCCUUCCAAAACCCGAAAAUUUCUAGAGGACCACGUAUCAUUGUGAUGCAUGCAGGUGGAGAGGAUGGAUUCGUACCUGGCGCUAUGAAGGUAUAUCCAGUAUCAAAGAAGAAAGUCCAGAUGGAUUACCACGCAAACGUUAACGGUGUGGCUUACAUGGCUUGGUGGAAGGAUCUUAAUCAAAAGAUAAAAGAUAAUUAUGGUCCAUGCAUAAUUGUUAUUGAUAACGCUCCGUAUCACAGCACCAAGGAAGCCCCAAAAUCUACAUCCCGAAAACAAGAGCUAUACGACUGGCUGAAUGAUAAUUUAGAGGGCCCUGAAAAGCUGAAACUAAAACCUGUAAAGCAAAUGAGACGACCUGAAUUAUGGAAAAUGGUUCAAGACCUUAAAAACGGAAAUGAAUAUUACAUUGUGGAUAAGGAGGCAUUGAAAUAUGGAAACACUGUUGUCCGAUUACCCCCAUAUAACUGCGACUUGAACCCAAUUGAGUACGUGUGGAAAGACAUCAAGCACGCAGUUAGGGCUGCAAACACACAGGGGACCGCUGAGUUUGCACAAGCUGAGGCUGAGAGAAUUAUGACAACAUACACAAAGGAACAAUGGCAGAAACACAUCAAACAUGUGCACCGGUUCGUAAAACCAAGAUUCGCUAUUAUGGGAAUAAUUCGCAAUUUCUACAUUAUUAUUGUAAAUAGAUUGGAGGACGAGUAUUGGAAAAAUGAUGGACAUUUUGAUGACUUCCUUGAUGACUUCCAAACACGUGUAGCUUCAGCCAACCCCAUUCGAAUUACAGCAGCAGAUGAUGUGUCUGACGACGAAGAUGAGGACCCUGACGAUGUUGACGAAGUAGUUGAUAGAUUCCGAAUGCAAAUACACAAUGAUAUUGAAUACUCACAGGCUGGGGAAGAAGAAGACUUGCCUGAAGAAGAAUGUGCAACUUCUAGGAGGAGAUUAACCUUCCCACCAGAAUCAACCUAGAUUUUAACUUCAAUGGAUUCAAUACAUAAUAAAUAUUAUAAAUAGUGAAUCCGAUUUGUACAUAGUGUUAAGAAUUAUUAUUCAUUAAAUUUGUACGAAAUUUUCAAAAAUAUGCCUACCCCUCUCUACUUAACAUUCUUGCAAAACUGAAAACUUUAAAAUAAUGUCCCGUUUAGUAAAAUACAAUAAGUUAUUAUUUGACCCUUCAGGGGCCCUUAACUCUUGACCUAUACGUCACAAAAACCAAAAAAUAUUUUUCUGAUUC